AUGUAUGUAUGUAUGUAUCUAUCUAUGUAUGUAUGUAUGUAUCUAUCUAUGUAUGUAUCUAUCUAUCUAUCUAUCUAUGUAUGUAUGUAUCUAUCUAUGUAUCUAUCUAUCUAUCUAUCUAUCUAUGUAUGUAUGUAUCUAUCUAUGUAUCUAUGUAUGUAUGUAUCUAUCUAUGUAUCUAUGUAUGUAUGUAUCUAUCUAUCUAUGUAUGUAUGUAUCUAUCUAUCUAUCUAUCUAUGUAUGUAUGUAUCUAUCUAUCUAUGUAUGUAUGUAUGUAUCUAUCUAUCUAUGUAUGUAUGUAUGUAUCUAUGUAUGUAUGUAUCUAUCUAUCUAUCUAUCUAUGUAUAUGCAAAGAAUUACCACGCAUGGCAGCACAGACAGUGGGUGUUGAAAACGUACUCCCUGUGGGACAAAGAAUUAAAUUAUGUUGAUAAACUUUUGAGUUUAGAUCUCCGCAAUAACUCUGCUUGGAAUCAUAGGUACUUUGUCAUCUGUAACACAAGCAAAUAUACAGAUGAAGUUAUAGAGAGUGAGAUUAAUUACACCUGGGACUACAUUGAACAAACUCCUCACAAUGAAAGCGCAUGGAAUUACCUCAAAGGAGUUCUUAUGCUUAAUGGUCUCAGAGAAUAUCCUCAAGUUUUGGAGAAAUGUUUGCACCUCUAUGACAAGAACUGUCGCUCUCCAUACCUACUUGCUUGCCUGAUUGAUAUCUACGAAGACCAAUUAGAAACCAAUCCUACAAAUCAGAAACAAAUUCUUAACAAAGCAUUGGAGUUGUGUGAACUUCUUGCAGAAGAACAUGACUUAAUUCGUCAAGAGUAUUGGCGCUAUAUUUCUCAGUCACUGUCCACGGAAUAUGGAAGUCCUGAAGAGAAAGUGAAAGCUGACAAUUGUGGGACAAACAUGGAGGCUGCCUAA